UACCACCACGUCUGUAAAACUGUCUCCGUACCCAACUGGAUAUUUGCAGAAAGAUACAUCGAUGGGUGAAAUCUCUUCAUGUUUUCUUAAAGACAACGUGUCCGUGUACGUUCCAGUGGUGCUUGAACGGUUCGGGAUUUUAGAAUUUUCGAUAUUAUCUGCCUCAAUUUUAACCUAAAACUUCAUCAGAUUUUCACCCAAGUCCUACAAGUAGAUAAAGAGAACCCGAUUAAACGAACGAGACGAAAACAUUAUACCUGGUCAUUUAUUUAUUGAGGAAAACGACCCGGUGUUACAGAACUAUGAGUGGCGAACGUAUGUUUUCAUUCAAUGGGUUGACGAUCAGGUGUGAGUGAGUGAGCGUCCUGUUUUAUUUAAAGAACAGGGAUCUAUCGGAGUCUGAUCUUCACAACACUGGGAGAGGUUACAAAACCAUCUCGGAAGAGUUCGGACUCCAGUCAGACAGGUCGCGUACAAAUGGAGGAAAUUCGAGACCUGUAUUCCCCUCCACAGGAGUGGAGACCAACAAAGAUCUCUCCAAGAGCAAGACGUGUAAUAGUUUGUGAGCUGGCAAAGGAACCCUAAGCAAAUAAAGGCUUCUCUUACAUUGGCUAAUGUUAAUGUUCAUGAGUCCACCGUGUGGGCAAGCCAGAAGGCUAUUGGGAAAAUGUUUUGUCGACGAAUCAGACAAAAAUAGACCAAUAGAGCUUUGGUUUAAAUGAGAAGUGUUAUGUUUGGAGAGAGGAAAACACUGCAUUCCAGCAUAAGAACCUUAUCACGUCUGUGAAACAUGGUGGCGGUAGUAUAACCCCAAUUUUGGCUAAAACGACUGUAGAUUUUUCCGACUUUUUUUGCCUGUUUGUCAGAAUUCGGGCACGGCGAUAUCCGGUGGGUUUUCUCCGAGCGCCUCAUAUGAUGUGUUCUACACUCCCAAGCUCCAGAGAGAGGAAUAGAGACCAAACAAACUUAAGAUUCCCCCAAACAGUUAUGGAAACUAGAGAUAAGGAACAGGAAAAUAACCUGUCAAUGGAGUGACCCCAGAAUCUGGGGAAAUAAAGUUAAAAUGGUAAGAUGGCAGAUCUUUUCUUACGUUGUGCCCUUUUCUUCUUCUACGGCCAAGAUCACGAGUACAUUGUAUACCUCGGGAGGCUUAGUUGGAGGUUUGAUCACCUCCUCCCUGUGCGCUUUCUCCCCCGCGCUUCACGGGUUUCCUCUGAGUUCUCCGGUUUUCUCGCCAGUCCAAACACAGGCACUGAAGGCUGAUUGGCGUUCCCAAAUUGUCCGUAGUGUGUGAGACUGUGCUCUGUGAUGGGUUGGCACCCCGUCCGGGGCGUCCCCCACCUUGUUUCCCCAGUUCCCUGGUAUAGGUUCCAGGCUCGCUGCGUUAUAGAAAAUGCCUGGAUCAAUUCCCAUAUCUCCGAAAUUCCCUACUGACUUCCUUUAAUGUUAAACUGUGGAGUUCUGUCCCAGCAUGACAGGACAAGCGCUCGAAGGGAGUGCAGAUUUGAAAGCCCACAGGCUCUCAGUGAAGACCUCAAUGGAGGACGAUUCGGAGAGAGCAGACAGCACACAGAGCCGCGGCCAUUCGAUAUGUGAUGACACGUCCUCGGAGUUACAGAGGAUGGCCACGCUCGAACCUUGUGGCCCAAACUCUCAGAACUCCUUCCGUGGAAGAGGAGCUCUAUCGAGGUUGGUGAGUAUGGUGGUGACGCUCCGAGAAUGGGCCCAUAAGAGUCUUCAGGAAGAGGAAGAAAGGCCAGACUCGUUUCUGGAGCGUUUCCGCGGGCCCGAGCUUCGCAUCACGCACAGCCGCAUCAGCAGCAAUCAUCCUGAUCCGCAAGACGCCAGCGUCAAGACCAAGAAGCCAGACGUGUUCAUUCUCGCACCAGCGGAUGAUGUGUACUACCACUGGCUGUUUGUCAUCGCCACAGCUGUACUCUACAACUGGUGCCUCCUGGUGGCAAGGGCCUGCUUUGAUGAACUUCAAACCAACAACUACAUUCUGUGGCUGGUUUUGGAUUACCUGUCUGAUCUGGUCUACAUCCUGGACACCUGUGUGAGGCUGAGAACAGGUUUCCUGGAGCAGGGUCUUCUAGUGAAGGACCUCAAAAAGUUAAGAGAGAGUUACAUCAACACCCUCCAGUUUAAGUUGGACCUCUUGUCCAUCCUGCCCACAGACCUGGCCUAUAUUGCCACUGGUAUCCAUGUGCCUGAGCUACGCUUCAAUCGCCUGAUGCGCUUUUCACGCAUGUUUGAGUUCUUCGACCGCACCGAGACUCGCACCAGCUACCCAAACAUGUUUCGCAUCGGCAACCUGGUGCUCUAUAUCUUGGUCAUCAUCCACUGGAACGCCUGCAUCUACUACGCCAUCUCUAAGUCUCUCGGCUUUGGGUCAGACCAGUGGGUCUAUCCUAACAUCUCGCAUCCGGAGUUCGGCACCCUGGCCAGAGGUUACAUCUACUGCCUCUACUGGUCCACACUGACACUCACCACCAUCGGGGAAAUGCCUGCACCGGAACGUGAUGAGGAAUACGUCUUUGUGAUCUUUGACUUCCUAGUAGGCGUCCUCAUCUUUGCCACCAUUGUAGGCAACGUAGGAGCCAUGAUAUCCAAUAUGAAUGCCACACGUGCCGAGUUCCAAGCCCGCAUCGACGCCAUCAAGCACUAUAUGAAGUUCCGUAAGGUCAGCAAAGAGCUGGAGGCUAGAGUCAUUAAAUGGUUUGAUUACCUUUGGACCAACAAGAAAACGAUCGAUGAGCAAGAAGUGCUCAAAAACCUUCCCAACAAACUGCGGGCCGAGAUCGCGAUCAACGUGCAUCUGGAAACACUCAAGAAGGUGCGCAUCUUUCAGGACUGUGAAGCCGGUCUGCUAGUGGAGCUUGUCCUAAAGCUGCGUCCUCAGGUCUUUAGCCCCGGUGACUACGUUUGUCGUAAGGGUGACAUUGGUAAGGAGAUGUACAUCAUCAAGGAAGGCCGGUUAGCAGUGGUAGCUGAUGACGGGGUGACUCAGUAUGCGCUCUUGACAUCCGGCAGCUGCUUUGGUGAGAUCAGCAUUCUCAACAUCAAGGGCAGCAAAAUGGGAAACCGUCGCACGGCCAACAUCCGCAGCAUCGGAUACUCGGACCUCUUCUGUCUCUCCAAGGACGACCUGAUGGAAGCUGUGAUGGAAUACCCUGACGCCAAGAAGGUGCUAGAGGAGAGGGGCCGGGAGAUCCUCCGGAAGGAGGGCCUGCUCGAGGAGCUGGGACUUGGAGGGCUUACAGGUGUAAAGAUGGAGGAGAAAGUGGAGCAGCUUGAGGCCUCAUUGGAUACUCUGCAGACUCGCUUCGCCCGGCUGCUGGGGGAGUACACAGCCACUCAGCAGAGGCUCAAACAGAGGCUCACUGCCCUGGAGUCCAGGCUGCAGUGCUCUGGAAGUGGAUAUCUGUCCGAUGGAAACGAGAGCACUAACGAUGGCGACGGCACUCACAGUGAGGUGAACAUUCAGCUGUGAACACAACUGUUUCCCAAUGACUUCAAUGGCACGCCCAAAACAAUGAAGCACGUAUGGUAAAUGUCGGUGAUGGUAUUCGUUUUAGUUUCCUGUUUUUCUAUUAAAUGUUGCUCGCUAGAAUUUUCAUAGAAUUGUUUAAGCUGCAGUUUUGAUUAUUUAUGAGCAAUUCACCAGCUUUUUGCUGCAUAAUAACAACAUAAUAUAAAUGACAGAUUUGACUGUUUACAUUACACGUCGUCUUGUUUUAUAGAAAUCUUUAUCAUUAGAAUUAGCAUUGCGUAAAUUAUUUUCAUUCCUAAACAAAUGAAUAAAACACCGUAGCACUGAAAGCAUUCUUACAGCAUUUACUACAGCGAAGCCCAUCCGACCCGCCACUUCAGACACAGCGCUGUGAAAACGUAUUUCUUCUGAUUUUGUGUACGUCUCAUACUAAAUAGUUUCAGAAAUUAAAACAAAAUCUAAGCUUAAACAGAGGCAGCCCGGGUAAACACAAAAUACAGUUUUUAAAUGAUAAAUGUUAUUUAUUGAAGCAAAAAGGUUAUCCAAUACCAACUGGGCUUGUGUGAAAAUGUAUUUGCCCCCAUAGUUAUUAAUUCCCCCAAAUGCAGUUCAGCCGGACUAGACACAACCAGGACUGAUUACUACAAACCCUGUUCAAUCAAAUCAACACUUAGAUAGAACUUUUUCCACAGCAUGAAGUUGGUUAAAAGGUGUGACAUAGUAACACACCAUGCCACAGUUGAAAGAAAUUCCAGAAAUGAUGAGGAAGCAGGUGAUUGACAUACAUCAGUGUGGGAAGGGUUACAAAGCUAUUUCAAAGGCUCCUGGACGCCAAAGAACCACAGCGAGAGCUGUUAUCUCCACAUGGAAAAACUCGGCACAGUAGUGAACCUUCCCAGAAGUGGCCGACCUUCCAAAAUUCCUCCAAGAGCACAGCGACGACUCAUCCAGGAAGUCACGAAAGAGCCGAGGAUACAACAUCAAAGGAACUACAGGCCUCUCUUGCAUCAAUAAAGGUCACUGUUCAUGACGCCACUAUCAGAAAGACACUGGGCAAAAAUGGCAUCCAUGGAAGAGUGGCGAGGUGAAAACCACUGCUGACCCAGAAGAACAUUAACGCUCGUCUGAAGUUUACCAAAACACACCUUGAUGAUCCUCAAAUCUUUUGAGAGGAUGCUCUGUGGAUUGAUGAGUCGAAAUUGGAACGGUUUGGAAGACAGGCGUCCCGUUACAUCUGGCGUAAACCAAACACUGAAUCCCACAAAAAGACCAUCAUACCUACAGUCAAGCAUGGUGGUGGAAGUGUGAUGGUGUGGGGAUGCUUUGCUGCUUCAGGGUCUGGCCAACUUGUAGUAAUUGAGAGAAACAUGAAUUCUGCUCUCUACCAGAAAAUCCUAAUGUAGAAUGUCCGGUCUUCAGUCUAUAAGUUGAAACUCAAGCACAACUGGAUUAUCCAGCGAGACAGUGAUCCGAAGCACAGGAGUAAAUCCAUGUCUGAAUGACUAAAAAAAACUCAAAGUUGUGGAGUGGCUUAGUCAAAGUCUAGACUUGAACCUAUUGAGAUGCUGUGGCAGGAGCUUAAACAGGCGCUUCAUGCUCAAAAACCCUCCAGUGUGGCUGAAGUAAAGCAGUUCUGCAAAAAAGAGAGGGCCAAAUUCCACCACAGCGCUAUGAAAGACUGAUCUCCAGUUAUCUGAAGCGUUUGGUUGCGCUUAUUGCUACUAAAGGUGGCACAACCAGAUUUUAAGUUUAAGGGGGCAAUUAUUUUUCACAUUAGUGAUAGGUGUUGGAUAACUUUUUGUUUCCUUUUCUUUUUGCUUCAAUCAUAAAAACUGUAUCGUGUGUUUACUUACUCAACCCGCCUUUGUUUUAUGUUGCAUUUCGUUUGAAGAUCUAAAACUAUUUACUAGGAAAUACAGUAUAUGCAAAUACUAAAGAAAUCAGGAUGGGGUGAAUACUUUUUCACAGCGCUGUAUACAGUUCUGUAUGUGUCAUAAUUUUAAUGUCAUUUUGCAAGGUGCAAAUUCAAAUUUGAUCAUUUAAAUGUAUUUCUCCUGAGCAUCAGUUACUCUUGAAAAUGAAAGGAGUGUUAAAAUAUACUCAAACAGAUUUCCUUGCAUAUUAUUUACGUUUUACUGAUGCUUUGAUUUUUAUUUUUGCAUUUUAUGUUGGCUCUACGUGAAUCUUCCAUGAAUAUUAAAAUGUCUCCUUUC